AUGCUGUGCCCCUGCCGCAACAAGUCCCGGCUGUUGAUUGUCACCAUUUUGCUGCUGUCCGUCGUGACCUGGCUGUACCUGUCUGUCGGUGACACGGGAUAUGGUCCGUCCCCAGGGGUUGCCGCCCCUCGUUUUCCCUCCAGAGCCUCCUCCCAGCAGGAUUUGGAAGUCCGCCUUCAGGAGGCCGAGGAGGAGAACCGAAGGUUGCGCCUGCAGCUGGUGGAGCUUCGAGGCGAAGAUCAGGGAACAGACGGAGACAACAGCAGCCAGUGUUCUCAGAGGAGUCUGACGGAGAAAUGCGAGCUUAUUCACGUUGCUAUUGUAUGUGCUGGACACAACAGUAGUAGGGAUGUGGUGACCUUGGUGAAGUCCAUACUGUUCCACAGGAGGAACCCCCUGCACUUCCACCUGAUCACCGACUCCAUUGCUUUGCGGAUUUUGGGUAAUCUGUUCCAGACAUGGAUGGUUCCGUCCCUUUACAUCAGCUUCUAUAAUGCCAGUGACCUCAAGCCGGAGGUCUCCUGGAUCCCCAAUAAACAUUACUCUGGAAUAUACGGCUUAAUGAAAUUAACCUUAACCAAAGCACUGCCAUCCGACCUGUCAAAGGUCAUCGUCCUGGACACAGACAUAACAUUUGCCACUGACAUUGCCGAGCUGUGGGCUAUCUUUAGGAAGUUCACAGGGGACCGGGUUCUGGGGCUAGUGGAGAAUCAGAGUGACUGGUAUUUGGGAAAUCUCUGGAAGAACCACAAACCUUGGCCAGCGCUGGGCCGCGGCUUCAAUACAGGGGUCAUCCUGUUGCUCCUGGACAAGUUACGUCUGAUUGGCUGGGAGGAGAUGUGGCGUGUGACAGCAGAGAGGGAGUUGAUGAAUAUGCUGAGCACCUCCCUCGCUGAUCAGGAUAUAUUCAAUGCUGUUAUAAAGAGCUCCCCUGGCCUGGUGUAUCAGCUCCCCUGCUACUGGAAUGUGCAGCUGUCUGAUCACACACGCUCUGAGCAGUGUUACAGUGAGCUAGCCGACCUCAAGGUGAUUCACUGGAAUUCCCCCCACAAGCUCCGCGUCAAGAACAAACACGUUGAGCUCUUCCGUACUCUCUAUCUCACCUUCCUGGAAUAUGAUGGGAGCCUUCUGCGGCGGGAGCUGAUUGGCUGCCCCGGGGACAAGGAGCAGAGCAAUGAGGCUGCUCUGGGACAGCUGGACGAGGAGGACGUCUGUUAUGACUUCCGCAGAGAACGAUUAGCAUCCCACCGUGUCCACCUCUCCUUCCUUCCUCAUCGAACACCCCCAGAGGAUCCUAAUGACAUCACCCUGGUGGCUCAGCUUUCCAUGGAUAGGCUUCAGAUGCUGGAACUUAUCUGCCGCCACUGGGAGGGCCCCAUGAGCCUGGCCCUGUACCUAUCUGAUGCAGAGGCUCAACAGUUCCUGCGCUACGCACAAGCUUCUGAAGUGCUGCAGUCUCGGACCAACAUUGGCUACCACGUGGUGUACAAGGAGGGCCAGCUGUAUCCUGUAAACCUCCUGAGGAACGUGGCACUGAAGAACGCACAGACCCCCUAUGUCUUCUUGUCUGACAUAGACUUUCUGCCAAUGUAUGGACUGUAUGACAGCCUGAGGAAGUCCAUAGUACAGGAAGACAUGGCCAACACUCAGAAGGCCCUCAUUGUCCCAGCAUUUGAAACUUUGCAUUACCGUCUGUCCUUUCCCAAAUCCAAAGCAGAUCUUCUCUCCUUACUGGAUAUGGGGAUGCUCUACACCUUCCGAUACCAUGUGUGGAAAAAAGGACACGCUCCGACCAACUAUGCCAAGUGGAGAACAGCAACUACGUCAUACCGUGUUGACUGGGCCCCAGACUUUGACCAUACGUGGUUGUCCGCAGAGACUGUCCCGAAUAUGACCAGCGUUUCCUGGGCUUUGGCUGGAACAAAGUGUCCCAUAUCAUGGAGCUGGAUGCUAAGGGCUAUAAAUUGGUGGUGCUGCCCAACGCUUUCAUCAUCCACAUGCCUCACGCUCCCAGCUUCGAUAUCUCCAAAUUUCGCUCCAGUGAGAAUUACCGCGAGUGCGUCAAAACACUAAAGGAAGAAUUCCACCAGGACUUGUCCAGGAGAUACGGAUCGGCAGCUCUGAAAUACAUUGCGGCUGAGAGGAACCGAUGA